AUGACCAAGGCAAGAGCGCAAAGAGGCAACCAGCCCAUCAAAUCCGAGCCUGGCGCCCGCCGCCACAGCAACGACACCUCUACCACUCCUUCUGCCACCAAUACAUACGAUUACUCUCCAGACCAGACCAGACAUCAAGCUGCCUCGUACAUCGGUCCUGCCGAUGUCAACCAGUCGUUCAUGAGAUCGGAUGCUCCGACGCCCUCUAUCUUGAUCCCCAACCAUCCUGGCCUUCCCUCUGUACGGACGGCGCUCACAAAUCCCACUUUCGACGAGAGCGAGCCCGUCCUUUUGCAAGUCAGGAACCGCGACAUGGAUCCUCCCGUCGUUCCCAUGCAGAAUGAUUCGUUCUUUGAUGGUUCCUUCCGGGAUAUCGGCGCCAAGGUCAAGAUCUUCAACGAUACGCUCGGUGAACUUCAGCAGAUUGGCGUCUCUCACGAUGUCGCACUUCCACAGCUGGUCUUAGUCGGUGACCAAUCCGCUGGAAAGUCCAGCCUCAUGUCUGGCCUGGCCGGGCUCAACCUGCCACGCAGUGAAGGUGUAUGCACCCGCUGCCCUAUCCACAUCCGUGUCUCUCGCAGCGGCGCCCGAGACCGUGGCGGGCCUCAAUGGUCUUGCCGUGUCUCUCUGCAGCAAGACUAUGCCUUCAAACCUCCGCCCCACUACAACAUCACCAAGGCCGAUGUUACAGCAGCAAACCCUUUCCCUCCCUGGGUCAAGCAAGCACGCGUUGUCAAGGAAUUCAUGACCAUAUACGACCAGUCAGAUAUCGACACGGUCCUCAAGUGGGCCCAGAUUGCCAUCCUUAACCACGACCAGAACCACGAGCUCUACGUCCCUGGCACCGGCGCAAUCACGAAACAGAGCCUGCUCGACGAAGAGGCAGAGAGGACCUUGGCAAAGUUCAGUCCCAAUACCGUCGCCCUUGAGAUCAAAGGUCCCGAUCUGCCCGAUCUCUCGUUCUAUGAUAUGCCAGGCAUCUUUCGCAAUUCUGCACGAGAGGAAGAUGAGUACCUCGUUUCGGUGGUUGAGAAUCUGGCCCGUGAGUACAUCUCGCACGCUGGCGCCCUUAUCAUCUGGGCUGUGCCGAUGAACGUUGAUCCGGAAACAUCCUCCACGCUCUCCAUCAUCCGAGACCUCCGCGCCCAACAGCGGACCAUUGGGGUCAUGACCAAGGCCGACCUCCUACCUGAAGGCAACAAUAACCAGUGGAUGUCAAUGCUGCGUGGUGAGCGGCACAAGAUUGGACACGAGUUCUUCAUCACAUCUCGCCCUUCUGAUCAGAACCUCGACCAGCAACAACGCUGGGAGGAGGCCUUCUUCCACCAGGACAGCAGUGAGCGCUGGCCGGAAGAGUUCCACCCCUUUCGAGACCGAUGCGGUGUCGAGAAGCUGAAGACGGCUUUAUCAGAAAAGUUGGGCAAGGAGUUUGCCAAAAACUUGCCUUCUAUCAAGCAAAAGGUCCAGACACGACUUGGCGAAAUCGAGAGACAGCUCAGCACGCUUCCUGAACUGCCUAACAACGUCGAGUUGGAGGUCAGAAAGAGCCUGAUGAACUUUUCCACCAUCGUCAAGGAAACCCUUCGCGCAAGACACUUUUCCUCUAACUACGGAACUCUGUCGGAUAACUUCCGUGACUGCAUCCUGCAGAUGAAGCCCAAGUUUGUCCUGAAGGACAAGUCUGAUAUUCCCGUUCUUGAAAUCUCUGACGACGACGACGAGUCGGCCAACACCACUCCCGGUAACAGAAAGCGCAGUGCGAAUGGCCAGGGCUUUGCGAACGCCAAGAGACCCCGCCCUACCCCUACUGUCAACGGCGGCUCCUUUUCGGCGGCUGUUAAGAUGGAAGACGGCGGUUCGACACCAAACACUCCAUCCCGUAGAAGACCGCCUCCGUCGGCACCUCUUGUUGGCCCCUUCCAGCAGUACUUCAACCAUGGCGCAGGAUUCCGGACGCUGGCGCAGAUUCGAGAGGACAUUAGAGCCAAGACUAAGGCUGGUAUGCCUAACAUCGUUCCCGAUGAGGUGUACGAAGAGCUCGGCAAGAAAGCAGUGAGAGACUGGGAUAGGCCCAUGGCCACGUUUGUGCACGAGACUAUGAGUCGACUGCAGAAGAUUGUCGACUGGGCUCUCGAUCAAGCUUUCGGGUCCCUGAAGAAGCGCCUGAUCUUCAAAGAGUCCAAGGCCCUCAUGGACGAAUUCCUGAAUCAGCGACGGGCCGAGACGAUGGCCUUCCUCAGGGAGAUCUUUGAGAUGGAGACAUUCCAGUUGUUCACAGUCAACCAGAAGGCCUUUGCCGACUACGAGCGUUCCGAGAGCCGAGUACUGACGCGCUAUCGCCAUGUUAUGCGCUGGCAGGCGUUCUCUGGCGAGCAAUCCGACUUUCAUGAUUGGGAGAAGAUGACACCGGACCAGCAAAGCCAUGAAGAGAAAAAGCAUGCCUCUGAACUGGCGAAAAUGGGUCCAGACCCCUUCGAUAAGGAGCUGAAGGUGGCCGCCUAUGUUCGCGGCUACUACAUGCUUGCAGCCCUUCGCUUCACUGACACGGUCUGUCUCUCAAUCACAUCGCGUAUGAUGCCGAAAAUCAUCCAAGAUCUAGACUUCUUCCUGGAAAAGAAGCUUGGCUUGGUUGGCGGGCAUGACGACUCGAUCUUUUCUCGUCUGAUGGAGGAGGAUGAAGACACUGCUCUUAAGAGGGAACGUCUCAAGGGCGAGCUCGAAAAGUUCAACAAGGCACUCCAGUCGAUUACGACCAACGAGUUGGAGGAUGUGUCAGGCUCGUCAUCGCAGGGGCACACGCAGUUCGGACCGGACGCGGAGUCUGUGGCCGAUAGCAUGGACCUGGACUCGUCGAUCUGA